AUGCCCCCAGGCCCAGACGAGUACAUCCGAACUCUGUACCUGGGGAUCCAGUCUCGGAGGCAGCGGCAGCACCAGCGGCGCUGGUACUGGGCCAUGAUGUUCGAGUACGCAGACGUGAACAUGCUGCGCCUGCUGGAGACCUUCCUGGAGAGCGCCCCUCAGCUGGUGCUGCAGCUGUGCAUCAUGAUCCAGGAGAACAAGGCGGAGACGCUGCAGUGUGUGUCAUCUCUGGGCUCCCUGUUGUCCUUGGCCUGGGUACUGGCCUCCUACCACAAACUCCUGCGUGACUCCAGGGACGACCAGCGCAGCAUGAGCUACCGGGGCGCCCUCCUUCACCUCUGCUGGCGCCUCUUCACCAUCUCCUCCCGCGUGCUCUCCCUCGCCCUCUUCGCCUCGCUCUUCCACCUCUACUUUGGCAUCUUCGUGGUGCUGCACUGGUGCGCUAUGGCCUUCUGGGUGAUCCACGGGGGAACAGACUUCUGCAUGUCCAAGUGGGAGGAGGUGCUGUUCAACAUGGUGGUGGGCGUUGUCUACGUCUUCUGCUGGUUCAACGUAAAGGAAGGGAGGACGCGCUACAGGAUGGUGGUGUACUACUCGGUGGUGCUGGCGGAGAACACCAUCCUGACUGGCCUGUGGUAUGCGUACAGGGACCCUGCGGCGACAGAUUCCUACGCCGUCCAAGCGCUGUGCGGCGUUUACCUGACCUUCGCAGGGGGCGUGGCCGUCAUGCUCAUCUACUACGGCUUCCUCCACCCCGCCCAUGCCCACAUCCACCCCAGCCCCGCCUCCUCCUGCUGUGCCCAGCUGCUCUGGGGGCUGCCCCUGCCCCCCUCCGCGCCCCCCUCCGCCCCCCCCACCCCGGCUCACCUGGCCAAGUCCCAGACUGAGGACAACGUGGCGGAAACCUGCCUGCCGGUUUUCCAGGUGCGCUCCACACCCCCCGCCUCCAGGCCCGAGGGGCCCCUCAUCAAGAUAGACAUGCCCAGGAAGCGCUACCCAGCCUGGGAUGCCCACUACGUGGACAGGCGCCUGAGGAGGACCAUCAACAUCCUGCAGUACAUUACCCCCGCCGCAGUGGGCAUUCGUUACAGAGACGGGCCCCUGCUCUAUGAACUACUGCAGUACGAGUCCUCCCUCUGACACACACACACACACACACGUGGAACGCAUACACUGACACACACUCACACUCAUAACACAUACAAUG